GGCCCGCGGGCGCUGAUGGCGGCUCGUGCCGCAGCCGGGGCUAUGGGGGCGGCGGGCGCGGGGCCCCGCGGGACCCUGCGCUCGGAGCCGCCCUGCGCCGCGACGGCCGCCGCGGGACCGUCCGCCCCGGGGGGCCGGGCCGCGCGGCGGGAGGAACCGAGCCGCCGCCGCCGCCGCACGACAGGACGCGGAUCCCGAGGGAGCGAGGGGCCGGGGCCGGAGCCGGGCUCGCCGCAGGCUGCCGCCCGUGAGCUUCCAGCGCUGGUGGGCUUGGGGGUCUCAGCCCACCCUGAAGGGGGAUUGGCAGCUGCCAUGCCCAGGAGGAAGCCUGUCCGAAGCCGAAAAUCUAAAAGGAAACCGCCUGCCCGCAAGUGUCCAGCCCGGGCGGAAGCUGAGGGGCAUGGGGCGGGGACCUCAGAGAAUGGCCCCGCCUCACCCGUGAAAGUGCCAAAGAAACGAGGCCGUAAGUCCAAAGCAGAGCUGCUCCUGCUGAAGCUGUCGCAGGGUCUGGACUGCCAAGCGCCGGAGCCUAUCUGUGUGCAGAAGAUACUGGGGAGCAACGAGGCACCUGACGGCUUGGAGGCCACGCCCAGUGGGCGCCCCAAGAGGCGGGCGGCUAAAGUGGCCUUGCUUUACCUGCAGGAGCUGGCCGAGGAGCUGACAUCGGUGUACCAGCCUCUGGCUUCCAACGAGGGCCCCCAGGAAUCAGAGUCCGACAGCUCGAGGAAGAAGCGCCGGAGCAGAAGGAGGAAAGAGGAGGAGACUGAUGACGAUGACCUCUCCCGGGAUGUGGACUUUGUGCCCUCAGAGGAGGUGCUGCUUCAGGCGGCAGAGGAGGAGGAGGAGGAGAGUGACGUCCUGCUCAGCGAGGUCUCUGAGUCAGAGCCAGAGGCUGUCCGAGGCCACACCCCGAGGAUGCCGUCAGCAGGGAAGUCCAAGCCCCAGUGCCGAGGGCUUGCUCCCAAUGGCUUCCACAACUCCAUCAUGGCUCCUGUGUGGAAGUGUCCCAGCAUCACCCGCAGCCUGCGGGACCGGCACUACUCCCCCUGGGAAUUCCCCGACUGGCUCCCUUCUACGCGCAAGUGGACGUUUCUCUCGGAGAGCGAAUGUGCCCAGUACCUGCCGGGGGAGAUGAAGUCUCCCCUCUUUUCCAUCCAGCGGGAGGGCAUCGAAGAAGAUGGUGUCCUGUACCGCAUCAACAGGUUCAACUCCCUGCAGCCCCACGAGGAGCGCCUGGACGUGUCCUUCUUUGUGGGUGGCCCGGUGUGGGCCAUGGAGUGGUGCCCGUGUCCAGAGGGCUCUGCCGCCCCCCAGUAUGUGGCGCUCUACUGUAACAAGGACAUGGACGAGAAGCACAGCCUGGCCGAGCUCCACACAGGCCCUGCACUGCUGCAGCUCUGGGCUCUGGGCAUCCUGCAGCCAGAGGCAGGGUGAGUCGUGUGAGGGAGAGGCUCUGGGAG